AUGACGCCCAUUCCGCAGACUAUGUCUGGCAUCCUCAUCGAGCAGACGGGCGGCAUCGAAGUCCUGAGAUGGAAGACCGAUCUGCCCGUCCCGCAGCUUAAGGAGGGCGAGGUGCUGGUCCGCAACGAGUUUAUUGGCGUCAAUUACAUCGACACGUACUUCCGCACCGGCCUGUACUCCGCCCCCCUUCCCUUCAUAACAGGCAAAGAAGCCGCAGGCACCGUAAUCUCAGUCCACCCCUCCGUCUCGUCCAGCGACUCCCCCGUCAAGGAAGGCGACCGUGUCGCUUACAUCGGCGACCGUACAUACGCCGAGUACACCGCGAUCCCGGCGGCCAACGUGGCUCCCAUCCCCGACGGCGUCUCAACUUCACUGGCAGCCGCCUCCCUCUUGCAGGGCCUAACCGCCCUGACCUUCGUGCACGAGGCCGUUGGCCUGUCCCCACUGAAGCCGCUGGGGGUCGGCUCCGGGCCCUGGGUCCUUGUGCAUGCCGCAGCCGGGGGGACCGGGUCGUGGCUGGUGCAGCUGCUGACGCUGGCGGGAGCAAAGGUAAUUGGGACGGCUGGCGGUCCGGAAAAAGUGGGGAUUGCGAAGAAGAAUGGGGCUCAGUGGGUGAUUGACAGUCGCGCGGAGGAUGUCGUGGCGAGAGUGAAGGAGAUUACGGGGGGUAAGGGAGUUGACGUGAUUUUUGAUGGUGUUGGCAAGGCGACGUUUGAGGCAGAUCUGGACAUGAUUGCCAGAAAGGGGACACUUAUUAUGUUCGGUAACGCGUCCGGCGCUGUGCCUCCCGUCGACUUGUUCAAGCUCACCCCUAAGAACCUCAAGCUUAUGAGGCCUUCGCUGUUCGGCUACAUCACCACCCCGGAAGAGCGGGCUGCUUACACCAAGGAGCUCUUCGACCUGCUGCUCACCGGCAAGAUUAACGUUAAGAUCCACGACAUUUACCCGCUUAAGGAGGUCGGACGUGCACAUUCUGACCUCGAAGGCAGAAAAACCACAGGAAAGUUGCUGCUCAAGGUCUAA